AUGGAUGGGUUUAUUGACAAUCGAUCAUUCGAUGAUGAAGACGACUCUGGCGCCUGCAAAAGAAAGAACGAAAGCGAAUCGGAAAUAGACAGUGACCUGGAUGACGACGAAUACGAUCUCAUUGAAGAGAAUCUCGGUACCAAAAUUCAAAGGAAACGCAAAAGAAGAAGAGUGGUCGAUGAUGGAGAAGAUGAAAAAGUUGACCAGGUCGAUGAUAAGAAAAAUCUGGUGAACGACUUAUUCAACGAUGGCAAAGAAAAUUCGCACGAAGGAGCCCAUUUGGCGGAUGACUUAUUCGUUAGUGAAUCUGAAGGUGAAUACGAAGAUGAUGAUAGUUUCAUUGUAAACGACGAACAUCCUGAUGGAAAAAAAACUAAAAACACUGAAGCUAUUCAAGAAGCUUUCAACAUUUUUGGAGAGAAAUUUGAUUAUGAAGGCAUGCAAGAUAAAGAUGAAAAUGAUUAUGGCAACAAACCAACAGAGCGAAACAAACCGAAAACAAAAUCAAGCAAUAAACAAAAUGCACGUUUUCAACAAAUAUACAAACAAGGUGAAUUAGAAAAAGUCCAGUUAAUUGAUUACGAUCAAGAGGUCAGAAUAAAGAUUUCAACUGAGAAACAUUCCACGUUUCACAGAAAGGAGUGCUUUGGUCCGGAGUUGGAUAUGAAAGAUUUGUGGAAAAUUUUUCAUUGGGAUGAAAAGUGGAUGCAACUGUUGAAAAGAAGACAAACUAUCUUGCAGCAAUUCGAACAAGUGCAACAAUUUCAAAGUAAGCCAGUGAGACAUUUGGUCGAAGAUGAAUACCUGAAAAUCAAUCAAGCGGAAGAAGACGGCAUGUUGAAAGUUCACUUUUAUAUGGACCAUGACUCCUACAUGCAAAAAAUUUUAUCCUUCUUUACAAAGGAUGAAUAUAGCUCUACAGUGCAAGAGUGGAAUAAAUUUCGUACCUCAGCAGUUGAGAAGGCGUUAAAAGACAUUCUCUUUCCCCUGCUCAUCAAGCAAAUAAAAAAAAAAUUAUUAGAGGAGGCUAAAGACCACGUGAUAAAAGCAUGCUGCCAAAACUUACAUUCUCUCUUGCAGGUGGCACCUUAUCAAGUAGAUCAAAUAUUACAAAAAGAAAAAGAUUACAGGGUUGACGAGAGUUUGCGAAUUCUUGGAGUUGCAACAAGUAAUGACAAAAAUGAAGCAUCGUAUUGUGCAAUAAUUGACGGUAGUGGAGAAAUUACAGACUAUCUAAAAAUGACUAGUCUUGCAACACGCGGAUAUCUUUGGAGCAAAAAAGAAAAAGAAGCCAAGGAACAAGAUUUGUUUCGCCUAAAAGAAUUAAUAUCGUGUAAAAAACCUCACGUUGUAGCAGUGGCUGCCACUUCGAUGAACUGUUUAACGGUUGUUGACGACAUCAAGUCAAUCCUUUCACAAUUGGAGAAGAUAAAACUAGUAGCUCGCAUCAAGGUUGAAUUGGUCGAUAAUGAUGUUGCAAAAGUUUAUGCCAAUUCUAAGAAAGCAAACCAAGACAUGAACAACUUUCCCAACUUACUGAGACAAGCCAUCUCCGUUGCUCGUCGACUCCAAGAUCCGCUGUUGGAAAUCACGCAACUAUGCAAUUUCGAAGAAGAUCUACUUUGCAUUAGAUUUCACCAAAUGCAGAAUUACCUCAAUAAAGAUGAAUUGCUGAACAAUUUAUACCAAGAAGUUGUAGAUCGGGUCAAUGAGGUUGGUGUUGAUGUGAAUCGAUGCAUUGCUCACCCUCACACAUCAUCGCUUGUUAAGUUUGUCAGUGGCCUAGGAUCAAGAAAAUCAACCUACUUGUUGAAAAAGCUGGGACAAGGUCGCCUUCAAAACAGAAAUGAACUGGUCACACGUGUGGGCAUAGGUCCAAAGGUUUUUGUCAACUGCGUUGCAUUCUUGAAAAUACAUGCUACUGCGUGUCAGGAUGACUAUGACGUGGACCUACUCGAUGGAUCCAGAAUUCACCCCGAAGUUUACCCAUGGGCUCGCAAAAUGGCACAGAAUGCGCUCGAUUACGAUGACGACAAUGAAGAUGCUGUGAAUGACAUCUUGGAAACUCCAGAAAAAUUAGAAGAUUUAGAUCUUGAUUUAUUUGCCGAGGAACUAAAAAAGCAGGGUUAUGGAGAUAAAAGUAUCACAUUGUACGACAUGAAAGCAGAGUUAUGUGACAGAUACAAAGAUCUGAGAACACCGUUUAAAAGCGCAACAGCAGAAGAAAAAUUUAACAUGCUCACGAAAGAAACACCACAAACGUUUUAUAUCAGUAAACUUGUAUGCUGCAAAGUUGUUGGCAUCGCUUACCGGAAACUUCGCAUUGAGGAAUUAAACGCUGCUAAACCGGUCGUUAACAAGCAAAAUGGUUUGUGGCAGUGUCUCUUUUGUAAGAAAGGGAAGUUUUCGUCAUCAAACGAAGUUUGGAGUCAUUUUGGAGAUGGCUGCUGUCCAGGCAAAGUAGUUGGUGUUAAAACCAAACUUGAUAACGGAGUCAGCGGCUUCAUUCCGAUCAGAUCGAUAAGUAAUCGCCAUGUGUCAGACCUCAGCGAUCGAUUUAAAAGGAACACAAUGAUAAAUUGUAGAGUUUCUAAAAUCAUUGUAGAAAAGUUUCAGGCGGAACUUACAACUGAUUUAACCGACCUGGGUCACAAAUGGAGAUUACCUUACGAUUUGUUUUACGACAAAGCUGCAGAAAAGGAUGACCAAAAAGAAAUCGAUAAAAAAAGAAAUAACGCAAUUAAGGCAAAAACUACCUACAUUAACAGAAUUAUUUCUCACCCCUCCUAUCGCAACGUUGAUUACCAUAAUUGCGAAAAACUAAUGGAAAACUUUGAACAAGGAGAUGUUUGUAUCAGGCCAAGCAGCAAAGGCAACGAACACCUAACAGUGACCUGGAAGGUCUCAAACGGAGUUUUUCAGCACAUUGAUGUAAGAGAGGAAAGAAAAGCCAAUACGAUAAGUCUCGGCUUCGUACGAGAAGUAAUGAGAUUCAAAUAUUUCAAGGAAAUCGCCGUAAACUUGUUGGACUAUAAAGAAGUCAUUGAGAGAGAUCUCAUUGAAGAACGAAAACGCAACCCCUCAAGAUUUCCAUAUCAUUUUACAAUCUCUAAGCAAUAUCCGGGAAAAUUCAUGUUCUCCUACUUUCCAAAUAGAAGCGUCAAACACGAGUAUGUGACAAUCACUCCCGACGGAUUAAAAUACAGAGGACAAGAUCUACUGGACAUAACGCACAUUCCACACGUUCUAGUGGACACAAUGCACAUUCAACUGCACACACUGGAUUUGCCAACCGUCUAUAUUGAUAAGAUGGCAGAUAAAUCCAGUGACUUCCCAGGCCCAAUCAACCGGAUCUAA